UUAAAAUCUAAACCUGUAUGUUUUCAGAAGAUUUCUUCGAUAUACCUCUUUUCCAACCCGAUCAAAACUCCUCAGAUCUGCAAUUGGAUGAAAAGAAUCGUAAAACUAUUAACAAAAUAAGAUCGCAAGAAUACCGCAAAAGAAGGAAACAAUACAUCCAAAACUUAGAGCAAAAGAACAAGCUUCUUCAGGAAGAGAAUACACUUCUGAAGCAAGAGAUUCAAUCUCUGAAAGCUAAUGCCAGAGAUUCAUCUGGACACUCCUCUUCAAAAUCAGAUUGGAAGAGUAAAGUGGAUCUUAGUGAAAACUUUGCCUUCUAUCAGCUGCCAACAAUGGUCAAGAAGAACAAGGAGAGUGUUAGAUUUAGCCAACUCGCAAUGGCAGCUUUUGAUGCCUGCAACUGGAACCCAAAUAGGAUUCAGGUUAUCAAAAAUUCUUUCAAUGAUAUCAUCAACUAUAUCAUUGCUAAAGAUGCAAAAUGCCUUGUUUCUGCCUUUAAAAAUAUGAAGCCAAGUGAGUAUCUUAAAAAAGUUAAUAAUAAAAGAUCCUACAAAGCAAGGUAUAAAGAGCUAAUGGAUCAGUCUCCACGUGAAAUACUCCUGAACCAGAAGCUAUCUGACCCCUUGACCACUUACCUUAACAACUAUGGUUCUGACUUCUUCAAGAAUUUAAAAGACUGUGGGAGGCUCGUUUAAGAAGUUAAUAAAAAUCAGAAACGAAAUUAUCAGCAACUCUCUUAAAAGGGAGCAGAUUCUUGUCGAUUCAAACCUAGUAGAGAGCUUCACAAAGUCCGACUACAUCAAACUCUGUGAACUAGUUGUGAAAUUAGAUGGCAGCAAGUACCUGAGUCCUCAUUACUUAUGGGACAUCCCCUGCAGAAACAAGGAGUCUAAGGAAUACCCAAGCUAUUACUUAUCAGAAUAACCUAUGACGUGAUUUUUAUAAAUUUCA